GACUCAGCGGCGGCGGCGGCGGCGGCGCGGGAGAGGAAGAAGAUGGCGCAGCCCGCGAUGCUGCCUCGCCGGGCCGGCAGCGGCGCCGGCUUGGAGGACUUCCCGGCCGCCCUGCUGGGCCAGUCGCCGCCGGCUUCCCCUGCGGCGGUCGCCGCCGCUUCCUCGGGGUCUCCCUGCCCGGCCGGGGGGCCGCCGCCGCCUCCCCCCAGCCUGUCCCUGCUCCCGCAGCCUCCCGCCCCGUCCGGGCCAAGCGGCGGCGGGGGUCCAGCGGGCGCCCAGUUGAAGAAGAAGAGCGGCUUCCAGAUCACCAGCGUGACCCCGGCGCAGAUCUCGGCCAGCCUCAGCUCCAACAACAGCAUCGCCGAGGACACGGAGAGCUACGACGACCUGGACGAGUCGCACACCGAGGACUUCUCCUCCUCCGAGAUCCUGGACGUCUCGCUCUCCCGGGCCACCGACCUGGGCGAGCCCGAGCGCAGCUCCUCCGAGGAGACCCUCAACAACUUCCACGAGGCCGACAGCCCCGGCGCCGUCUCCCCCAACCAGCCUCGCCCGGGGCCACCGCCGCAGCAGCAGCAACCGCCCCGAGGCCUGGCCAACGGCGGCGGUGCCCACCCUUUCCAAGGACCCCACUACGCCCACGGGCACCCCCAGGCCUCCGGGGCUCCCCCGCCGCCACUGGCGGUUUCGGGGGGCUCUCCAUCCAGCCCGUCCUUCCGGAGGCUGCCCGUCGCGGCGAGCUUGGAGAGCGCCAGGCCUGGUCCUGCCGUGGGUAGCCUGGCUGGGCCCACCGUGGCUCCCUUUCACCACACGGGGGCUGCUUGCACGGGGGGAGCGCGGCAGGUGAGCAAGACCCUCCGGAACCUUGCCCCUACCGGCAACGGCGUGGCCUUGCCCGGAGGGGGCCACCCUGGGAACGUGGCGCUCUCCGGCGGGGUUGGCAACGGCACCGGGCCCUCCUCCAACGCCGCCGGGAGCGCCGGUCCUACGGCUCCGGGGCCCGCAGCCACGGGUCAUCUGCAGCCCGCCGGCAGCACGUCCCGCUUCCGCGUGGUGAAGCUAGAUUCGAGUUUGGAGCCGUUUAAGAAAGGCCGAUGGACAUGUACUGAGUUCUACGACAAGGAGAACCCCGGCCCAGUGGCUGAAUGCACCCCCGCGGCUAAAACCGUGGACGCUCUACUAGACGUGGCCUCCGAAAGGGAAAGCACCAGUGGGAGCUCCGUCAGCAGCACCCUGAGCCACUACACCGAGAGCGUGGGCAGUGGGGAAAUGGGGGCUGCUUCUGGGACGCAGCAAGUAGGGUUCCCCGGCGGGCCUCAGCAGAUGGAGUUCAGCAGCGCUGGGGUGCCCCCGGGGCCAACGCCGGGGCUCCCCCAGAGCAUGUCUCAGUCCCAGCUUUCCCAGGUCCAGCCGCAUCCUCAAGAGGUCGGCUACCCUCCGCAGAAGCAAGGGGUCCCUCCUCCAGCCUCGGCCGUUCCUCCGCCGUUGACCGUCCUUGGUGGCCACCAACCGACUCUGGCCUCCCAACAGCUGCCGUUCGCCCCACCGCCGGCCCAGCCGGGCCCAGUUGUUCCACAGCCCCAACCGCUACCUUUUGGGCAAGGACAGGCCCAGCACCCCACCGCCCUCCCACCCCUGUCUAUGCAGAUGGCUCCGGGGCACGUGAAGCCCGCGACCCAAACUCCGCUGCCCGAGUACAUCCAACCGCCGCAGAUGCUUCCGGCUUCGGCUUCUCUGCAGCCUGGGACGGCGAUGGUCGGAGGCGGCUCGGCCGUGCCCCUCGCUCAGCCUCCCAAUAUGCAGCUUCCGGUCCAGGCCCACAUCCCGGGGGUACCUCCUCAGCCGGUGGCGCAGGCCCAGCCCACAAUCCCUGCCGUGGGCGCUCCUGCUCCCCUGAUGAACGUUGGACCACCCGGAAGUGUCGCUCCCGUGGCCCAGCGGCCACCUAUUGCAAAUCAGAUGGCUCCUUCGGUGAUGGCCCCCGGCGCUGGUGGUCCUGCACCCUCCCAAGCAACUGCCCCAGUUCCUGCAGGGGUUGUUCACCCGGGGUCCCAAGCUGCUCCGUCAGGCCUUCCACAGUCGUUGGGCAUCCCGCCGCCCAGUAACCUGAUGCCCAUGAAAGCAGCCGAUCCUCUGGUCCCAGGAAUGGCCCAGCUGCCUCCGGUCAGUCCAGUCCCUCCUGUGCCCGGCCACUCGGCUGCGAGUCUGCCCUUGGCUCCUUCCAAGACCCUCGCCCAGCAAAAUGGGAACCUGGUCCCGAAUGUCUCUCAGCCCGCCUUGAUUUCCACGAGCAUCAGUUUGUCCGGAGCCCCCAACUCUUCCCAGUUCUCCGCGCAGUCCUUCGCUCAGUCCAUGGCCAGCCGAACUGACGAGGCCAAGCGCCCCACGGAAUCCACCCUGGUUGGCUUAACCCAACCUUCUGAAAGCAGCCUUGGCACCACCUCGGCGUUGGCAGACGGGAGCAUGGUCUCUCUCUUCCCCUUGAAGGUACUUCCGCUGGCGUCUCUGGAUGGUGAGGAAGACAGCUCCUCCGGGGCCAGCGUGGUCGCCAUCGACAACAAAAUCGAGCAAGCCAUGGAUCUGGUGAAGAGCCACCUGAUGUACGCCGUGCGCGAGGAGGUCGAGGUGCUGAAAGAGCAGAUCAAAGAACUCAUUGAGAAGAACAACCAGCUGGAACAGGAGAACAACUUGUUGAAAACCUUGGCCAGUCCCGAACAGCUGGCUCAGUUCCAGGCACAAUUACCGGCCAGCCCUUCUCCGGCGUCGGCGUCUUCGCAAACGCAAGGGACGAACCUACAGCCUUCCCAGGCUGCACCGCCAAGCUCCGGACCCUCGGCGUAGUCGUCCAGCACCACACCUCAGAUUUCGGCACUC